CAAAUAUGAAUCCAACCAUUGUGAAUGUAAUCAAAUGUCAACCACUGUAAAGUUAUAGGAAUUCCUUAAAGAAUAUUUAAAUUUUUUUUUAGAGUUUUUUACGCAGUUUCAGUUUAAAAAUGCAAAAAGCCAGUGGAAAAGAAACUUAUCUUAUCACAAAUACUCUGAAUUGUUUACCAUUUCUGUUGGAUGGUCAUUCAGUUUUAAUAGAUUUGCGGAACGAAUCAUCUGUGGCCGGUCGUAUUGAUGCCACUGGAACUGAUGGUUUUAUGAAUAUCCACUUAAUAGAUGCUGUAUUUAUAGAUAGAUAUGGUCUCCAAUAUCCCUUCGAACAGUUUAUGGUGCGUCCACGUAUGAUACGUCAAAUACAUUUACCGGCACAUUUAGAUGCUGCAAGCGCCAUACGUGACUGGUUGGAUCAUGGCCGGAAACCAGUCAGGAACGCACCACAACAACGAAAGGGAAAAAUGACCUUUAAAGAAAAACGUGCAAAGCAAAAGCACAUAGAGGUGUUGAAUGAAAUAUUAAAAAACCAAAAAUGAUAUUAGAAACAAGUAAAGCGAUAAUUUUGUAACAAAUACAAUAUUUUUAUUUCUAAAUACAAAAAACACUUUAUUUAGUAUUUAUACAUGUGUAUAUUGACAAUAAGUACUGCAUAUAAACCAAGCCUUGAAGUUAAGAGGAAAUAAAAAUUAAUGCAUAAUUCAGUAAUUUUAAUAAAUACUUGUGUAUGCAAUUACACAGAAAAAAUUCACGGCGAAUCCACACAAGAUUCAAGUUAAUAAAAUAUAUGUUAUUUUGUAUUAAUUGUGAUGAUGUUCUUAAAUAAGUCCCACAAGGAAGUAAGCAACUGGCAGUAUAAGUGCAGCCUUGGCGUUGGAUAGACCAAAAGCAAAUAUAGCUAGCUUCCAUAUGCCGUAGUAGAACGCCAAUUGCAAAGCGACAUGUAAAGCCAGCAAACUGUAAACAGAAAACUGAUAAUGUUUUCGGUGAUUCUUUGCUUAGAUACUGGCGCACGCCCAUAAUAGUGUUGAGGAAGUAGUCAUCCCAAGCUAAAUCACCAAUAUCAAUGAAAAAUGUUUCACGGUCACGUGGAUCCAACUGCUUCGAAAGUGCCAACGUAUGUUUGCUGUCAUAAUGCCAUUCAGUAAAAAUAAAUUUCUCCAAAGUAUUCAACGAGUUCCAGACACUCUUAUGCAAGCGUAUCAGACUGUAAAAAAAAAUUAUAUAAAAUAUAGUAUUUAAAAUUAUAAAAUAAUAAUAAAAAUAAUUUUACAUACAUAGGUCUACCACCGCUUAAUUUAGUGACCAAGUCCAAGAAGAAAGCGGGGAUAAAAUGAAAUAGUAUAGCGCCCAAACGGAAGAGGAAUAAACUCUUGACCAGCUUUAGAUUUGGAUACCUGAAAGAAAGUGCAAUAAUAUGCUUUGUAAGAAUAAAUGCGUUAGUAAAAAGAAUUAUUUGCCUAUUACCAAACAGCAGAUACCAGCGGAUAUUCAUGGAGGAAUGCAUUAAUUUUAUUUAUCAAGAACUCGAAACGGAAAGGCUUGUACGUGCUGGAAGUGAGAUGGAAAAUUUGUAGCUCAGCUGGUUUGCCAGCGUUUUUGAUUCUGAAAUGCAAAAGAUAACAAUAUAUAAUACAAAUUUUAAUUAUAAUAUGUAUAAAUAUUA